CUCUCCUCUCCUGUCCCCGUCCGUCUCUGCCCCCAAAAGGAAAACCAGCCUGGUUUCCCCAGCGCAAGCCGGCCACCGCAACCAACCACCCGUCCUCUCCUCCCCGCCCGUAAAACCCAAGAGCAGCCAACAAACACCAACAGGACUCCCAGCAACCAGCCAGCCAGCCACCACCCACCCUCACCCCCCACCACGCCACAAGAGAAGAGAGGAAUAGAGAUGCUUCCUCCUCCCCGUUGUCACCAGCCCCAUGACCGCACUCACCACCGCCAGCACUAGUAGCGAGCCGCGAGAGGGAGCGGGAGAGCCAUGGACCUGGGCGGGGUGCUGAUGGCGGCCGCGGACGCGGGGGUGGGCGGCGGGGACCUCGGCAUGCUCGGAUCUAGGCUGCUCAAGCACGGGAGGGGCAAUGAGGCCGACGAGCACGGCUGGGGCGGCGGCAGGCCGGCGUCCAAGCAGGCCCGGGUCGCCGGGGACAGCGACGCGGUGUCCGAGGCCGUCAAGGCGGCCGCGCCCUACCUGCUCGGCACCUGCAGCCCCGGGCACGGCCGGGAGAAGAUGCUCAGCUUCUCCUCCUCGCAGCCGGCCUCCUGCCCCUCCGCCGCUCAGGCCGCGCUGCCGCUCUACUACGGCACGCCCGCUUCUUGCUCAGGGUUGAGCUCAGUGAGGGGGCCCUUCACGCCGUCGCAGUGGAUGGAGCUGGAGCACCAGGCCCUGAUCUACAAGUACCUGGCGGCCAACAUCGCCGUGCCUCACAACCUCGUCGUCCCCAUCCGCCGGAGCGUCACCUCGCUCUACCCGUCCGCCUACUUUGGCUCCUCCACAUUGGGGUGGGGGCCUUUCCAGCUGGGCUACUCCGGGAGCGCGGACCUGGAGCCCGGGCGGUGCCGCCGGACGGACGGCAAGAAGUGGCGGUGCUCCAGGGACGCCGUCGCCGACCAGAAGUACUGCGAGCGGCAUAUGAACCGGGGACGCCAUCGUUCAAGAAAGCAUGUGGAAGGCCAGCCUGGCCAUGCCGCGAAAGCGAUGCCUGCGACGGCCGCUGCUGCCGCCCAGCCCGGUGCUCUCGCCACCGGGGGCGGCGGCGGAGCUCCCGCCGGCGCCGCCAUCUGCCACGAGCAGCAACCGUUGAAGAACUACGCCGCCAGCACCAUUGAUCCUUGUUCACUGCAAUAUAACAGGGAAAUGGUGAGCAAGCAGCAACACGAGUGCGAGCAAGUGCAGGACUCCGACACCCUCUCGAUGCUGACCUCCAUGAGCGCGAGGAACACCAAUGCAGGCAGCAUGUUCCCGUUCUCAAAGGAACAUCAUAACCACAAUCCUUUCGAGGUGACGAGCUCGAGGCCGGACUACGGGCUGGUUUCAUCCGACUCGCUGAUGAGCUCCCCUCACAGCUCCCUGGAGAACGUCAACCUGCUCACCUCGCAGCGAGCUCUCUCGAGCGAGCAGCAGAGCUCGCUCUCCCUGCAGCACUUCGCGGACUGGCCGAGGACGCCCUCGCAGCAGGGGCAGGGAGGAGGUCUCUCAUGGCCGGACGCCGAGGACAUGCAAGCUCAUCAGAGGACCCAGCUCUCGGUGUCCGCCGUUCCAAUGGCGUCCUCUGACCUGUCGUCGGCCUCCACGUCCCCGAUCCACGAGAAGCUCAUGCUGUCGCCCCUCAAGCUGAGCCGCGAGUACAGCCCCAUCGGCCUCAGCGUCGCGGCCACGGCGGCGGUGGCGAAGGACGAGGGGGAGGCGAACUGGAUGCCCAUGUUCCGCGACUCGUCCAUGGGCGGGCCGCUGGGGGAGGCUCUGAACAAGAACAAUGGCGGCAACAUGGAGGCCAAGAGCUACCUGUCGGCGUCGCUGAACCUGAUGACGGACGCCUGGGACUCGAGCCCGCUGGAGUCGUCGCCGGUGGGGGUCCUGCAGAGGACCGCCUUCGGAUCGGUGUCCAGCAGCACCGGCAGCAGCCCCAGGCAGGAGUACCACGGCGUGUAUGAUGGUAACCCGCGGGAUGAUCUCGGCUCCAUCGUCGUGAAUCACCCCAGCAUCCGCCUGAUGUGAGCUUCUUCUUCUGAGCUCUGACCAUGGCAGCUGCAACGAGAAGGCUGGCCAGUUGUGGCGACGGACGAACCUGGGCGAGUCUUCUUCUUCAGGGACCUUGUUACAUAUCAACAUCAGCAUAUCCAGGAGCAUUUUACGUUGUAGUUUGUCAUUUGAGACUAAUCUGUUGCUGUCUUCUCUGCUUCGGGAUGUUGAGUUCUUUUUACCUUUUUCUCUGUAACCUUAGACUUCGCUGGGUACUGACGUUUUUUUUUGUGUGUGUGUGGAUGGAUUUGGUAGUGCUACGUUGUUGCAUAAUGUCAUAAUGUCCAAUUAAUGGUGCGAUGCCAUAAUAGUUGUUGAGUAA